AUGAGAUUCAUUGAAUUUCAAAAACAGUUAGAUCCGGAAGUCUUUAGUGAUUUUCCCGGUGAAUUAGGCAUAUUUGCCAAUCAUUAUGACAAUAAGAUAGUGCUACAACUUCGAGUAAAUGGUGAGAUGGAUUCUACAUACGAAGUGAAAUCUAAAGGUUUGAAUGACACAGAGGCCCGAUUUGUGCUUGAUGGUGGUGAUGACGAUAGUGACUAUGCUCCUGUAAAUGAUCCGCUUUCCCAUUACGAUGUCAUAACGAAAUUAGGUGACUCUAAUGACAUGAAAAUUCCAAUCAUUUGCACACAAAUAGCCCAGUUAUAUGAACGAGUCAUCCUACCAACUCUUGGGUCAGAAGUAGGAGCCAGUGUGCCAGACUUUGUUAUCACUCUAAGUACAAAGUUAUGGAGGAAGUCUCAAUCAAAUGAAUUUGAGAAGUUGAUAUUUCUAUUAAAUGCUGUGAAAGAAGCAUAUGUGAAUUGA